AUGAGUUCAUCAUCAAAACGGCAACUGCCAAAUGUGAAUUUGGAAUCAACAGAAAAAAUUCGUCACUUGAAUACCGCUCUAAUUAAUACUGAAAAUAAUCUACGACAUGCUCAGCAAAAUUUCGAAUUGUUAAAACAAAUUCAACAACCAGCAUCGACAUCUCUGUUAGAUACGUUUCGAAAUAAUGGUACAACGAAUGAUGGGGUUUUGACAAGCAAUGACUCUCAUUUUGAUCACGAAUCAGUAGCAACGAGUUCACGACGUGCAUCGUCGUCAAGUCAUCAACGAAGUAGCAGUAGUAAAGGUGUCCGAUUCAACGAUGAUGUUCAUGGACGAUCUCUACAGAAUCUCAAUCAGGACAUACAAUCAUUAUCAACCGAACACGGUCGACUAAAACACGAACUUAGUAAAGCAACAUCAUCCAAACAUCAAAGAGAAGCGCCACAUAUACAUGAUAGUGAUGAUGAAGAAGUCAAUGAUUCAUUUUUAGCCAGAAACGAUCCAUUAGUGGAAGAGAUUGUCCAAUCUCGUUUGGAUCGUCGUUUACAAGAAAUUGAACGUGAAAUCAAGCGUGAUAAAGAUCAACAACAGCAAGGCGACGUCCGUGCAUUGGUUAACGAACUUCAAUUACAACGUAAAUUAACAACACCAACACUUAAUGAAGAAGACAAAAUCUUUCAAGCUCGUCUUCUACUUGCCGAAUCCAAUAAACAGAUGUAUGAAUCUCAAUUACUCAGCACGAAACGACAGUUAGAAGAGAGUGAACUAAAUAAAACUCUCUUAGCACAACAGGUAACGCAAUUGAAAGAUCAAUUAAUGAAAAGUGAAUUCGAUCGUGAUAAAUAUCCGAGAGAUGAUGAACUGCUGUUAGCAACAGAUCGACGAAGAAGAACAGAGCCUGAUCGUCAACAUGAUUUUCUACUUCAACAGCAAAUGAUGUUCUCAAAAUCUGCUACGUUGAAUGAAUUAGUGACGUUCAAGAAAGAAUUGGAGAAAAGUGAACGUCAACGUGAACAACUCUCAGAUCAUUUAGAAAUUUUAGUAAAAAAAUGUGAUGAAAAGGAUAAACUUGUCGCUAAAACUUUACUUGAAUUGAAAGAAAUUACUGAUAACUGUGAUACUUUUGAACGACAAAAUACGAAAUUACAACGUGAUUUAACACUCGCUUUGGAAAAAUUAGAAGAAAUGACUCAGGAAGCUGAACGUUAUGCCCAAGAAUCUGUUGAUUGUCAAAAACAAUUAGCCGAUUCGGAGCAAAAACGUGAUGAAUUUAAAAUUCAAGCACAAGAAACUGUCAAACAAUGGAAAGCCAAAGUUAAAAAACUAGAAAAAGAUGUCGACCGACACAAAUUUGGUUCCACACAAGUCUUGGAACGCAAUGAACAGUUAGUCAAAGAUAUGGAAACUACGAAAACACAAAAUAUUUCUCUCCGUGAACAAGUCGCAAAGCUCGAAUUUGAUCUGAACGAAGCUCAGGCAACACAAAAUCGAUUAGAGGAGCAUUUUAAGCGUAAUGAAAAUGAUGCGAAUCAAUUUCGGAUAUUACGAUCUUCUCAUGAAACGGAAAUCUCGACAUUUAAAAGUACUAUCAAUGAGCUUGAGCAUCAACUGUCGACUUAUCGUCAACGGCAUUCUCAACUUGAAAAGGAGAAACAACACAGUCAACAGUUAUUACAAGAUGAGCUCAAUCAUCGAAGUAACCUCGAGUCUAAACUUAAACAAGCUGAGCAAGAUAUAGAAGCAAUGAAUACUUCGCGUUCUCAAUUUCAGCAACACAUCAUCGAAUUAGAAAAUGAACGAAUGGAUUUCCUACAAAAAAUCAAAGAAGUCGAAUUUGAACGAGAUUCUCUAUCGAUCCAAUACCAUUCGAUUUCCAAAACAUUGAAUGACGAGAAGACGAAAUUUCAGACAAAACUUGCUUCUAUUGAAAGCGAUUACGAUGAGCUGAAGAGAAAACUAGAUACAUCGAAAAUGGAAUACACACGCGGAAUGAAAUCAUUUCAAGUUGAAUACGAGAAUAAAAUCGAAACAUUGAAAUUACAAUUAUCUGAUGAAAAGGCUCGGAUUGGAAUUUACCAACGACAUGAAAGUGAAAAUAAAAAAGAUUUAGAAAGACUCCAAGAGAAAGCAAUGAAAUAUGAAGAUGAAGCGACACAAGCACAGUACACUAUUGAUAAUCUCUCUCGAGAAUUACGAGAAAAGACACGAACAUUGGAUGAAUUAGAAUCGAGAAUUACGAAGUUAACAGUUGAAGCAGCCAAUGAAAAAAAUCAAAAUAUUCGAAAAGAAAAAGAUUAUCAACAUUCAUUACACACCGUUUAUAAUGAUAUCACCUACUGUACUGAAUGCUUGUCAACUGAUUCAGAUGAACCAUUUAUUAUUGACUCACCAUCAGGUAUCCGUGACGAUGUUGAAACAUGGUUAACUAAAGUGAAGGCUCGUCUUGCUUGGCUCAAACAAGAGUUAGAGAUCCGUCAACAACAUGAAAAUAAACUUCGUCAUGAUUUAAACAAUGCGUUACUAGAUGGCGAAGCCGAUCGAAAAUAUUUCGCCGCUGAAUUAGCCAAACGAGAAGUUAUCAUCGAUGAUUUAGCGCGUGAAAAACACAAUCAGAAAGAUUUUGAACGUGAAGCAUCGGACAGAAUGCGAGUGUUACAAAGUCAAUUAUCAAGAGUAGAGGGACAUUCAUUAAAAGAAUUAGAACGUGCAAAACAAUUGCAAAACAAUGAUCUACAAAUCGAAUAUGAUAAACGACGGGCGUUAACUGAGGACGAAAAAGAUCGUAUCAAUGAUCGAUACCGACAAUUUCAAACUAUGAUCGAUUCUGUCAAACGAGAGUUACACACUGCCAAAGUUCAACUGUCGAACAAAGUUACUGAUAAAUAA